AUGAAUUAUGUUGAGAAGCUCUUUGAUGAAGUACAUUUCGUUUUCAAUCUAAAUGCAGCGACACUAAGUGGUGCCAUCGAUAUCCUGGUGGUGCCACAACUCGAUGGUUCAUUAAAGUGCACACCGUUUCACGUUCGGUUCGGAAAGUUGCAGUUGAUAUCCUCCUCCGAAAAGGUGGUAUCGAUCUACGUCAACGCUGUCAAGACCGAUCUUCAGAUGAAACUAGGACAUGCCGGUGAAGCGUUCUUUGUCGAAGAGACAGAAGAGCCCGUUCCCGACAUCCUAGCGACCUCGCCAAUAACUUCACCGAAACCAACACGUUCCAACCGAUCAUCGACAACAUCUUCUUCCUCCUCCUCUUCUUCUCUCAAUGGUAAUAACAGCAUUAAUGCUGGGAAUGGCAACAGUAUUAAUGGAAAUGGUACACAAAUUGUAUGGAGUAGUACUACUCCUGGCAGCAGUAAUAGCAACAACAAUUCGACUUCUUUGUUGUCGUCGUCGUUGCUCCCGAUGAGUGGAAAUGUAAAUACUCCUACGAAUGCGAGAGCAUCAAAGAAAUCGACAGAGGAACUGGUGACAGAGUUUACCAAUUCGCGAUUCAUUAGCAAGCCGAUGCUGACUACGACAACGACGACAACAACGACAACCACCACUACCAAGUUGGAGUUGACACCGACACAGGUGGCGAAUAAACACGAAAUGAAACCACUCACUGCUGCACUCGAAGAGAUUAUCAAACAACAGAAUGGACAUAAUAUCAACAACAACAAUUCAUCAACCAGUCCACAACCACUUCAAAUGACACCGACUGAGCAUAUGAGUACAAGUAAUUCACCAUUGAAAUCUAAUCCAUUAUCAUCUUCAAAAGAUUCAUCGCCAAAUGGUGGAACUGUUGCGACUACAUCGAAAUCAAAUGCAAAGAGAGCAUCUUCACCAGUUUAUUUCGAGGGUUAUGAGGAUAUCACUUUGGAUUCACCAAUCAAUAGUUAUAUUAUCAAUUGCGAAUCGGAACCACAGACUCCAAUUGAGUCGCCAAUAGGAUCACCACCAGAUCUUACCAACAGCAAUCAUAAUGGUAAUCAAACAGUAUCGAUUAUCGAAAACAAACAACAUUUGGUUGUUAAUGAAUCUAGUGAAGUGUCAUCCGAUUCCGAAUCGGAGCAGAAAGUUGGAUUUUGGAGAUGGGGAGGUUUGCCUAAAUUCAUUCGUAGGAAUAAGAAUGCAGCUGCUACCAAUACUUCUACUGCACCUGCUACAACAACAGCAACAACAACUCAACAACAACAUGUUAUUGCAGCAUCGACAUCCUCUACAAUGACAACAUCAACAUCCACUCUUAUCGAACACACUACAUCGACUACAACAACAAACAUUGCCGCUGGAAGUCAUAACUCUAAUUCCACUUCUUCAACACCAACCGAUAGUAGUAGUAAUCAUCAUCAUAAUAAUAUAAUCGAUUCUUAUGAUAGCAAUAAUAAUAGUCAUAUUCAACAACAGCAACAACAACAACAGAUGGAAUUAUCUGAAUCUGGUAAUGGUAUAUCUAUUUUGAAUUCAUCUACUGGAUCGACAUCGUCGUUGAAUGGUGGUGAGUCUGGUGAAGGCGGUCAAGAUUCAUCGUCUUGGAGUAGAGUCGGUUCAUCGUUUAUGAAGAUGUUCAACAAGAAAGAGUUGGAACCGACCUACUUGGUCAAACCACAAUCGAGUCCACCUCCAUCCGUACCAAACGAUCUACGUUCCAGUUUGAAUGCCAGUGCCGAUGAUAGAGAGAUCUUCCUGUUGGAAGAAGAGGAAGAAGAACAAGAGAAUCAAAAGAAUAAUAAGAAUAUUCAAUUGAAUGGUAGUAAUGGUACAAUAACAUCAUCAACAACAUCAACAACAUCAACAACACCACCACCACAAACAUCCAACAACAGCAGCAAUGGAUUGGAACAAUACAAUACCAAUCAUCUACUUAUGACAAUGCCAACAUCCAGUGAACACUCAUAUGCUUCGGUUGUCAAGCAAAACGUUGAAAUUGGUGAUCUCGUUGAUGAAUCUACAUUGCCACCUUUGAUACCGGUAUCGUCUUCCGACUCACUGGUAUCGAUGGACAAGACUUCAGAUGUAGAGUUUCCACCACUCAAACCAGUGGCUAAUAGCAACAACAAUAGUAACUCAUCACCUAAUAAUCAUUUUGCCAAAUCCAAUCAUACCAAUCAUAUCAAUCAUUUGAAGAACCAGAAACAAGUCAUUCAAAACGGUAUGCAAUUGCUAUCGAGUUCAUUGCCAACGAUUCGUCUUUCGCUUUGCGGUCAUUUGAUUCUCGAUCGCAAUCUCCAGUCGGAGCCAGAGGAACGCGAACGUUUCUUCCACGAACACAUCGUUACCUAUGAACAGCUGUGUACCGACAUUGCAAUGUUUAAGAAUCCACAUUUGGUUGCCAAAAUUGGCGACGAGUACUAUCCAUGGUCGAUUGCCGGCCAUGUCAUCAUGUCGAAUCUCGUAUUCAACUUGCCUCUCACACCAGAGUCAAUGGAACUCCUGAAGAAGCGUGACAAAGACGAGAGAAUCGCAGUGAAAUCCACUACCAACGGUAAAGCAUCUUGGUCGAGCUGGUUGUGGAAAUCAUCAAAUGAAAAGAAUAAAGCAAAUGCCAACCAACAAGCAAAUCAACAGCAUCCAAAUCAACAACAUCCAAAUUUAUCAUCAACAUCAUCAUCAUCAUCCUCUAAAUCAACUUCAUCACCUUCACAAGAUCAACUCAAUCAUGUUGUAUCAUCACAAUUACCAACACCAUCAAAUGUAUCAACAGCAACAUCAACUCAUAGUCAAACAAUUCCAACCAAUACUUCUGGAGCAAAACAAGAACAGCAGCAACAAUAUAUUAAGAAAUCAUUGAGACCAACAUCAGAACAAUUGAAAUCACUUGGCUUGAAGAAAGGUAUCAAUAGAAUUACUUUUGUUGUAUCAAGCAAGCUACAGGGAACUCGUGAAGUAUCGGCGUCAAUCUAUCUCUGGGAGAACACCUCAAAGAUUGUAAUCUCAGAUAUAGACGGUACCAUCACUAAAUCCGAUGUUUUCGGUCAGGUUCUCCCAUUCCUCGGCAAGGAUUGGUCACAUAUCGGUGUCGCCGAGUUGUACUCCAACAUCAAGGAGAACGGCUACAACAUUAUGUACUUGACAUCGCGUGCCAUCGGACAGGCCGGACUGACACGUACCUACAUCAGCUCGGUGCGUCAGGCAUCGUCGGCCAACGUGCUUAACACCGCCAACAACGCUACACCACCACUGCCAUUCACAUUGCCCGAGGGACCGGUGUUCAUGUCACCCAAUCGUUUGUUGACAUCGUUCAAUCGUGAGGUGAUCAAGCGUAACCCUGAGGAAUUCAAAAUCGCAUGUCUCCAAGACAUCCAGAACAUCUUCCCCGCCGGUUACUCGCCGUUCUACGCAGGCUUUGGUAAUCGUUCCACAGAUGUCGCCGCUUACAACUACGUUGGAAUACCUGCUGGAAAGACCUUUACGAUCAAUGCCAACGGUGUUAUCAAUACCUCGAAUACCACCUACAACAAGACCUACACCAAACUCAAUGAUCUCGUACAAGACAUGUUCCCACACACCAGUGGUGGUAAGCACAUCGAAGAACAAUGGAAUGAAUAUCACUAUUGGAAGAAAUCUGUUAUUCCAUUACAUAAAUUAGAUCCAAUAUAA